AUGAUCGAUGCGAUGCAAUCUGUGGGCAAUGGCGUAGCCGGCGUGACCGUCAGCCGGAAGAGGCCAGACGUCGCCAGCGAGGGAUCUCGCUCUUCAUUCAGUACCGGGUUGCGAAAAGCUGGACAGUACCUGCAUUGUGGUCCACGCACCUGGCUCUCGACCCAAGGAAGCAGUGGUCACACCUGCAGAGCAGUGGAGAUGAAGUCGCGGAGAGGUGCUGGUGGCGUGGUCGUGAUCGGCGCUGACAGCCCCAGCCUGAGCCACAGCCAUCUUGCAAGCAUCCAGCUGGGCUGCUCGAGCGGAUUGAAUGGACAAAGAGUGGUAGAUGAGUGUGAUAGCACUCGCUUCGAUCCGACGAUAACCGAGCACACGCCAGAUCGGUCGAAUGCGGUUCAUUUGGAAGAAUAG